AUUAACAUAAACUGUAUCAGUCAACUUUUUUUAUUUGAAGAAAAUAGUAGUCAACUACAUGUAUACCGUCGGUGUACGCAUGUACGAAAACUCGAUAAUGUCCAUGGCCCUCCCGCGUUAUUUCACCCCCUUCGCUUCGCUCUUUCUCCUCUCUGCGACGAUUUGAUUUUGAUCCGUUGUUGACUUCUUUAAUUCCCGGGGGGUUUGUUGUACCUUCUGUGGCUCUUGCCAUAUUUCCAUCACAUACUUGUAUGCUGGUGCAUUUAGAGAAUGCCUAAUAGAGCACUGGUAAUUUUGACGCCAUGAUGUAGAAUUAAGUGCGGGACUUUUGAAUUUUAAUUUGACUUUUGGGCAAAUAAGACAGACAUUCACUCACCUGUCUUGCAAGCUUUAUCAACGAGAGCAACUUAAUGCUGGGUUCUGAAAAUAACUUAAGCAGCAGCAGUGGGAUAACGUCAUCAGAUAUGCCACCCUUGCCUCAGUGCUUACCACUUGAUCCAAUUACAUUAGGCAAUAAAAAAAAUGCUCGUUCAGGAGAGCUGAGGAAGGCUCUGGGUGUCCCCUUGGGGAGUACUUCAGAAGAUCACUCUCUUGGUGUUCCACAUCCAAAACCCAUUGCCCCAGUAGCCUCAGGGGAGCUAAAGCACUUCAAAGAGAGCGUGCAGGAUACUUCCAGAAAAGCAAGGGAUAGAGCAAAAAUGUUGCGGGACUCUAUAUCUAAAUUGGAUAAAUUUAGGGAGGCGUUAAACUCAAAGAAGCGGCAAAGAACUGAUUUCUCAGCGGACAGGGGAGUUGGAGUAAACUUAACAAAGAUGGGUAGCCAGCUCCAUAGAAAUUCUAGUGAUAUUCUAACUCAGAAAUCAGAAGCCAAGACUGCAAGUUCUGCACUGAACAAGCGGAUCCGAACAUCUGUGGCAGAUGUGCGGGCAGAAAGUAGGUCUGUUGCUACUAUGAGGCAGCAGGAUGGUAAUCUGAUUCAGACACUUGGUGGGAGCUCAGUCCGAACUGAAGAGAAGACUCGCAGAUUGCUUGCUGGAGGUGAUGGGUUAGAUCAUAAAAUAAAGAAGAAAAGGUCUGUUGCAGCUGCAGGCAACAGAGUUACAGCUGGUGACAGAGAUGUAAAGCGAGCUACACUUUCUAAGACCAGUUCAGAUUUAAAGUUGCGGUUUUAUGAUCCUCAGGGCUUCAGAUUGAAGCCUCUUCCUGGAGCUUGUGGAAUCAACAAGUCUGAAAGUUCUUCAGAGCCUACUAAUUCAGGUGUGCGUACAACGCUUGGGAGUGAGCAAGAGGGUGCCUCUCUUCACAGGGACAACAUGGCUACUUUAGAUCAUAGAGUAGCUAAAGCAAACUGCAGGGCAAACACUCAGGAGGAUUGUCUAGCAAGCUGUCCGAACACACUGAUUAAAAACAAGGUUUCUCGGGCACCACGAACAGGUUCAGUUACUGCACUAGACUCAUCUAGUACUCAGCCUUCAUCUGGUUCUUUCUCAGGUUCAGGUUCUUCUAUACAUCCAAUGACCAAGUGGAUUGGUCAGAGGCCACAUAAAAACUCCCGCUCAAGAAGAUCAAAUGUAGUUUCUCCUGUUUCACGUAACAUAGAAACUCAGGUUUCAUCUGAAGGCUGUCCAACUCCUGAUUUUAGUGUUAGAGCUUCUGGUGUUGGAAGCAGUCAGAUGGCUAGCAGUGUGAAUAACAGUACUCAGAAAUAUAAGAGGCCAUCUGAUGAUAUUUCAUCUCCAUUUGGCUUAUCUGAAAGUGAAGAGUCUGGAGGUGGGGAAAACAAAAUAAAAGAGAAGGGAUUGAAUAACAGUGAUUUUUCUCCAACAGCAGAAAAAGCUGAGGCUUUGAAGUUAAAGAUGAGGAAGAACAAGAUUCCAAUAGAUGAAUCUGGAGAUUGUGUGCAGAGACAAGGAAGAAUUGGAAGAAAUUUAUCCUUUGUAAGGCCAGGCCUCCCUUCAGGGAGGGAGAAGACAGAGAGUCUACCUAUAAUGAAGCCGCUGCAGAACAUGGGAUCUGAUGAUAAGAAUAAAAUCAAGUAUGGUCGUCCUCCUUCAAAAAAGCAGAAGGAUCGCAAGGUUUUGAUCCAUAUGGGGCAGAUGUUGAGUGAUGGUUCUAAAAAGUUUUCCGGUGAAUGUGGUGAUGAUCGUGAAGAACUAUAUCAAGCUGCCAAUUCUGCAUGUAAUGCUAGCAAUCUUGCUUGUUCUAGUCCAUUUUGGCAUAAAAUGGAGCCUAUUUUUGCCCCUGCCAGCUUGGAGGAUUCAUCAUACUUGAAGCAACAGCUAAAUUCUGCAGAGGAACUUGACAAGAGUUUAUCUCAGAUGUUUGAUGUUGAUCAUGAUAUUUUGGGUGUUCUGGUAAACAAUGAAGCUAUGCAUGGUUUAAGGGAAAGAAAGAGAAGGCAAUGUGAUGAACAGUCAACUAAGAAUGAUGCUUUAAGUGGAAAGAAUGACUUUGAAAGACUGGACAAGGUCUCCCCAUUGUUCCAAAGAGUUAUUUCUGCUUUGAUUGAAGAAGAUGAAGUUGAAGAAUCUUACCACCCCAAUGAAGCAAAGAAUACAUCUAGACAGUGUGCUAGUGAUGAUUCUCAUUGUGGAUCUUGUAAUCAAAUUGAUUUUGAACCCAAAGAUUGGGAUAAAAUGGACUCUGAAGUUGAGUCGAAGGAGGAGCUUCAAAUUCAGAAGAAUUUCAUUUUGGACAGACUAUCUUGUGAUAAGAGCACUGCAUCUAACACAUUUAGGUACCCUAAUGCAUCCAGUUCUUUACAAAGCACUGGAGUUUGGCAGGGAGAUGAAGAGUUUUCCCAUUCUGAUAUCACUCAUACUAGUGAAAUAUGUUCUAAUGACCUUGAUCAACUUCCAACUGCUGAAUUAUGUGGUCCUGGAUUUCCUUCUUCGGAUGUCCAGUAUCAGCAGAUGUGUCUGGACGACAGGCUUCUGCUUGAGUUGCAGAGUAUUGGCAUAUAUCCGGAAAUUUUGCCUGAUUUGGCUGAGGAAGAUGAAGCCUUAAAUCAAGAUAUUAUAGAACUCAAGAAAGGGCUGCAUCAACAGAUUGGGAGGAAGAAGAAAAAAUUGGACAGAAUUGAUCGAGUUGUUCAGAAAGUGAGAGAUACAGAAAGGCGGAAGAUCGAGCAAGUUGCAUAUGACAAACUUAUUGAGAUAGCUUACAGAAAGAGAAUGGCAUGUCGUGGAAGCAAAAAUUCUAAAAGUGCAGUUCACAAGGUGUCAAGACAAGAUGCCCAGUCUUUUAUUAAGCGUGCACUUGGAAGAUGUAAAAAAUUUGAAGAAACUGGCAAUAGUUGCUUUGGUGAACCUGCCCUACAAAAUAUCAUUUUCUCUACCCCUUCACGUGAUAAUGAUGCAAAAUCUGGUGAAGGCAUUGUCUCUAUGACAGCCAGCAACACUUGCAAUAAAGUUUCCCAUCAAGUGGAAGCAGGAAGAUCAGUUGCAGUUUCCAGUGUUUCUGAGAAAUACGAUCCCCAUAGAGAUAAUGCAGACAGAGGUAUGCAGGAUUCGUUCCAUGGUCCAGUUCACUCGUCUGAACAAGGAUCGUCCAAAAAUGGGUCUCUGCUUGUCAAGGAGAAAAAGAGGGAAAUGCUGGUUAAUGGUGUUGGUUCCUUCUCAAGAGCAUCAAAUGUUGAUGGCCCUGCUCACGGUGGUGUAAAGGGAAAGAGAAGUGAGAGAGAUAGGAACCAAAGCAGGGACCAGAGUAGACACAUUUCCAUCUCCAGUGACCUGUCAAUGGACAGCAGCCGAAAUGAGUGCAAACCUAAAACAAAGCCCAGGCAAAAGAGUAAUCUAAGCGGACAUCAAGAUAUUUUUGUGGGUAAUGCAGGCAAUAAUGAUGGCAAGGAGAGUGAUCCAUUGUCUGGCAAGAAGGACACAUUGAAGAAGGGAUCGAGCGACUUGGGUAACUUGCAACUGCAUGAGUUAGAUCCAAUGGAAGAAUUAGGUGUAUCUGGGGACCUUGGUGGCCACCAAGAUCUUAGUUCUUGGUUCAACUUUGAUGAAGAUGAUGGUUUGCUAGAAGAUGAUACUGUUGGUCUUGAAAUACCGAUGGAUGACUUAUCAGAGUUAAAUAUGCUAAUGUGAAGUGAUCUUUGUUGUUAUUUGGUGGUCAAUUCAGAUGACGAUGACCAUGAUUCUGAUGGCCUCGGAAAUCGAGUGGAUGGAUGAUGCGUCAUUUACUUGCGUUCCAAAAUGUGAAAAUGUUCUUCCCCAUGGACUAGUGGUUCUGGCUAAGAAUUUUCAUUCCAUUGGGGGUUCAACUAUGAGGUGGAGAGAAACUUUGAACCGCUAGUGAUCUUUCUGCAGGAAAUUGUAGAAGUAAUUUAUUGGGGGAUUGAGAUCCAUGGCUGUCAUGAAGUUUGUUGGUCUUUCUCCAUUAUUUCGCCCAGCAAGAUACAAGGUCCACACGUCUUGAAAAUAUUCACUUCAUCCAAAGUUUGGCCCUUAGUUAGCAUUCAGGAAUCAACUUCAUUCAAUUAAAAGAUGUAUGGCAAACUGGAUGGUGGGUGAAUUUGACUUGAGAGUAUGAAUUAUCGUGAUUUAUGUUUGAAAAUCAUUGUCCAAAAUGUAAUGCCUGCCAUUAAUGUCAUUAAAAUGUAGUAGUAUAGCUUUCCCACAACGGUGCCAACGGAAGACAAAACACAAACGUGCCUUUGGAGGUUAGAUUCAAUAUUUGACCGAAUGAAUUGAUUUUGGAGGCAAACA